CGUUCGUGACUCCUGAACACUCUCCUCGGGAUUUGCCGAUUAUUAUUCGAUCCAACGUUUCAGAGAGUCGCUCCUUGGUAUCCUAGGUUCCUUCGCUUUCGCUCUCCGCUCGCUUUCGUCCAUCUCCCCAUCCGGGCGAAGGAGCUCCGGAAACUGGAGGAGCGUCUCUCAAAGGACUGCGCUGAUAACGAGCUCCGAUCGGCGAUUGAUAAGGAUUGCUUAGCACUAUUAGCCGAUCAGCCAUUGAUUCUCGGACCUGUAGUAUCAGUGAAGGGGAAGCGGCGAGCGUGUUUGGCGCGCGUCAGUCCUUACGGUCCUUACAAUACGUACAGUCAUCACGUCGUAGUGUAUUGCAAGAAUCCGCGCAUAUCCGCGUCCUGGUUUUCUAGACUUCGAUUCUGUUCGGCCUUGGGCUUGCCAGCAGAGAGGCGUCGCCAUGGCGCUCUCGCUGCGCCAGAAGCAGAUAGACACCAUCAUUCGCAUGCUCAAUCUCAACAGCCCCGUUACAGUCACGAUGGGCGGCCCUUCCACGUCAGACGGUGACGUGUACAAAGUGCUGCUGCUGGAUAAAUACUCCCGAGACCUCAUCUCGCCGCUGCUUAAGGUGUCCGAUCUGCGAAAGCAUGGCAUCACCCUGCACCUGAUGGUCGACGCCGACCGCCAGCCCAUUCCUGAUGUGCCAGCUGUCUAUUUCGUACAAGCCACCCGGGCAAUAUCCAGCGGGUCAUCCAGGACGCCACCCGCGGCACGUACGACAAGAUGCACCUCAACUUCACCGCCUCCGUGCCGCGCCUGCUCCUGGAGGACCUGGCUGCGGGCACUCUUAAAGCCAACGCUCUGCACCGCGUGGCGCGGGUCUUUGACCAGUACUCCGAGUUUGUGUGUCUUGACCACGGGUUGUUUUCGCUCGGGCAGCCCGAGAGUUAUGUGCGGUUGAACGACCCAAUGGCAAAGGAUAAGGACGUGGAGGGGGCGGUGGAGAGUAUUGUUAACGGGCUGUUCUGCGUGCUGGUGACGCUGGGGGUGGUGCCGGUGAUUCGGUGCCCCGAGAGAGGGCCGGCUGAGAUGGUGGCCAGGCAGCUGGACGCCAAGCUAAGGGCGCACCUCGCCACGCAUAACAACCUCUUCAAGGAAGCAGCGGCUGGGGCGCUAGCAGCAGGAGCAGCAGCGGAACUUCGAGCUGGCGGUGGGGGUGCAGCACGAGUGGACGUACCGGCCGUUGGUGCACGACGUGCUGGGGAUGAAGCUCAACCGAGUGAGCAUCCACAAGGGAGGCGCUGGGGAGGAGCGGGGGCCGGGAGCGGGCCGCUGUCUCCGGUGCUGAAGGGCGCUGGUGGGGGCGGUGCUGGCAAGGCGACUAGUUAUGAGCUUGAUGAUUCGGAUAGCUUCUGGGUGGCGCAUUCAGAGUCGCCGUUUCCUAAGGCGGCAGAGGCGGUCGACAUGUUACUCAAGAAGUGGACCCAAGACAAAGAACAGGUCAACGCAGCCUCCCCCACAGGCGAUGCAUUCUCCGAGGCAGAGGACGAGGACCUGAUGGGGCGCACCAAGCAGCUGUCGGCCGCCAUGAGCGCGGUGCCACAGCUGAUGGAGCGCAAGCGCGUCAUCGACAAGCACGUCACCAUCGGCGGCACACUCCUGGAGGAGAUCAAGUCGCGUGCGCUCGACGCCUACUUCUCCAUGGAGGAAGACCUGCUCACCCGGGGCAGCACCGACCGGGCGGCGAUGCUCGACUUACUCCGGAAGCGGGGGUCCAGGGAGGAUAAGCUACGCCUGGCGAUUAUCUACCUGAUGGCGACGGACAAUGCGAGUGCGGGGGAUGUGGAGGCGGUUGAAGCGGCGCUGAGGGAGCAGGGGGUGGAUCUAGCCGCUCUGCAUUAUAUCAAGCAGGUGAAGCGGGUCAACUCCAGCUUUGCUGCGGUGGCUGCGGCGGGGGGUGGGGGAGGAGGAGGGGGGGGCGUUGGGGGCAUGGCGGGCAGCAAGGACGAUCUGCUGGAUUGGGCCGGCCGGCUGGCUGGGCAGAGUUUGUCCCGCGUGACCGCAGGUGUAAAGAAUCUUUUGGCUGGGGGCAGGCAGCUGCAGCUGACCCGGGCAGUUGAAGCUCUGAUGGAAGGGCGCCCCGGGCAGGAUACAGAUUCCUUUCUCUGCCUGGACCCCAAGGCCCCCAAGGGGGGCAGCAGCAGCACGGCAGCAGGGGGCAGCAGAGGGGCAGUGAGGGACGCGAUAGUGUUCGUGAUUGGGGGAGGGAACUAUAUGGAGUACGGGGGGUUGCAGGAGAUGGCGAGGAAAGCAGGGGCCGGGGGCGGGGCGGCGGGGGUGCGCACGGUGGUGUAUGGGACGACUGAGAUGCUGGCAGGGAGCCAGUUUGUGGAGCAGCUCUCAGAGCUGGGCAGGAAGAUGGGGUACAAGCCCCCUCCGCCCCCCGCUGAGGCCGUGGGUGGGGCGGGGGCUGGUGCCGGGCAAAGGUAGCUUGGUGCUGCUGGCCCGUUUUCGUUCCUCCUGUAGGUAGCUUGCUUUUGCUGACGGGCAGCCGGCUUUGGGGCAGCUGUGAGAGUUGGGUAGGGCGAUGGGGUACAAGCCGACCCCCUCCCAUCCCCCCCCCCUUGAGGCUGUGGGUGGGGUGGGGGCUGCUGCAGAGCCAGAGGUAGCAGUGCAAAAUCGGCCGUGGGUGGGGUGGGGGCUGAUUGUCCUCUCCUGUAGCUCGCAGAAACGGCUUCUGUUAUUUGCCGGAAGACGGCGAGGUGGGUUAAGGCAGGUCCUCCCAUACGUGAUGUGGUAUUUGGCUUUCCUAAGGACAUCAGGAACCAAGCUACAAGAAGUGCACUGCAUAUACAUAUACCUUGCACGAUUUUAUUGUUUAUCGAACUUCACAUUGCGA